AUGCUGGCCCCUAAAUACCAAAAGCUGAGUCCGAGUUCGGCAAGGCGAGCUCAACCUUUCGAAAUCAACCCAUACGACCUGUCGGUCGAGAUCGAGCAUGUCCUAGGGAAAGAUGACGCGGCCGUCAUCUACAGAGGGACUCUCAAGUCUUUGAACAAUGCCACUAAGAAGUCGGGCUACAGUCAAGUGGCAAUCAAGAUAUCGCAUCCUCCAAUCACUCCGAGGUCAAGGUAGGGCUUGUUGUUGCUUACUGUAUAUCAAAUUAUAUAAUUGUUCCAUGUUAAAAAUAAGUUUGCUAUUUAUUUUAAAACACAUAUUUUGAAUAUUUCAGAAGAGUUUUUGUGAAUGAAAUAGAAGCCUUGAAGACUCUGAACCCCAACUCUCAUAUAAUGACAAUGAUCGGAUACAUGAACACAGAAACUGACCUCAUGAUAGUAUCAGAGCUAUGUCAGUUUGGUACUCUUGGAGCACUUGUACACGCACAUCCAUGUCAUUACGCAGUAAGUCAAUCAUCGUGCAUAUUCAAUCAUUUUAAUCUUAUGAAGUUAUCUUUGUGGUACCUUACUUCCUUAAUAUAUGUCAUUAUCCUCUCUAUAUCAAUACGAACGAACAGUAAGCAAAUACUUUGUUGAACACAACCUCUUAAUCUAAGUAACACGUUUUCAGAGACACGAGUUGUGUCCAACUCCAUCGUGCUUCAACACAGAAGAGUUGCUAUCGUUCUUUUGGCAGAUUGCUGAUGGAUUGUCAUUUAUGUCGUCAAAUGGCAUCGUACACAGAGACAUCGUGAGCGAGAACAUCUUUAUCACCGACAACUUGGUCGCCAAGGUUGGUGGAUUCAAGAGAUGUAUGAUCAAAACAAGAGCUGGAGAUGCUGAACAACAACUGCCAUUCUACAACCAGUCGAUAGAGUCGCUGGUCGAAGGGGAAUACUCCGAAAAGUCUGAUGUGUAAGUUCAUUUUUAAAAUUAUGUUUUUGUCGUUUUAAUUUAAAAAAUAAUUUUGAAAUCUUUUUAUUUUGAAAGUUACAUUACUCUUAAUAUUGUUAUUGUUUAAUGGCGUUGAAUACCCAUUUCUUAGUACUAAUCUUAAUAUUGUUUUAGGUGGCAGUUCGGUAACUUGUUGUUCGAAGUGUUCUCUGGUGGUUAUCUGCCUUACUACGACUUAUCUAAAGCACAAAUGCUAAAAAUGUUUGACGUCAAUGAACGUCCACAACCUGAAGACACCUGCCCUGAAGUCGUGUAAGUUUCAGCAACUUUCACAACAAUAUUUUUGUUUUCUGACCUUUUUUCAAUUUAUUAUAAUACGAUAGAAAAUAUAUUUAAAAAACGAAUGUAAACUUCAUUCAGGAUCAAAAAUUGAAUAAUGUCAUUUUAGGUCCAACCUGAUUGAUCAUUGCUGGAAGACGGACUCGGAUCGUCGCCCGAGUUUCUCGCAACUCAAAUCGCUGAUAGCGACAACUUUCAUUCGAUCGCGGUCGCCAAGGAACUCAAGCCUUUCAAGAUCGCCCUAA